AUGUCUACUACAGUUGAAAAGAUCAAGACCAUUGAAGAGGAAAUGGCCCGUACUCAAAAGAAUAAGGCCACUUCUUUUCAUUUGGGUCAACUGAAAGCUAAGCUCGCCAAACUUAGAAGAGAGCUUUUGACCGCAGCAUCAUCUGGUAGUGGAGGUGGUGCGGGUGUAGGCUUCGAUGUUGCAAGAACAGGUGUUGCAAGUGUAGGUUUUGUUGGGUUCCCAUCCGUGGGUAAAUCUACCCUUUUGUCAAAGCUAACAGGUACUGAAUCUGAAGUUGCUGCAUAUGAGUUUACAACUUUAGUCACAGUUCCUGGUGUUAUUCGUUAUAAAGGUGCCAAGAUUCAAAUGCUUGAUUUACCGGGUAUUAUCGACGGUGCCAAAGAUGGUAGAGGUCGUGGUAAGCAAGUUAUUGCUGUUGCAAGAACAUGUAAUUUACUUUUUAUUAUUUUAGAUGUCAACAAGCCACUUAAUCACAAACAAAUUAUCGAAAAGGAAUUAGAAGGUGUUGGUAUCAGAUUAAACAAAACUCCGCCAGAUAUUAUCAUUAAGAAAAAAGAAAGAGGUGGUAUCUCCAUUACUAACACUGUCCCAUUAACACAUUUAGAUCAUGACGAGAUCAGGGCUGUUAUGAGUGAAUAUAGAAUUAACAGUGCAGAGAUUGCUAUUAGAUGUGACGCUACUGUUGAUGAUUUAAUUGAUGUCUUAGAAGCACCUUCAAGAAGAUACAUGCCUGCAGUUUACGUGUUGAAUAAGAUUGACUCUCUAUCUCUGGAGGAACUAGAACUGUUGUACAGAAUCCCUAACGCCGUUCCAAUAUCGUCAGAAAGAGAAUGGAACCUAGAUGAACUAUUACAAGUUAUGUGGGAUAGAUUGAAUUUAGUUCGUGUAUACACCAAACCUAAAGGUAGAAUACCUGAUUUCACAGACCCCGUUGUUUUAAGAUCAGACCGUUGUAGUGUCAAAGACUUCUGUAACCAAAUCCAUAAAUCGCUUGUUGACGAAUUUAGAAAUGCUCUGGUAUAUGGUAGUAGUGUUAAACAUCAACCCCAAUAUGUUGGUCUGUCACACACUCUAGAAGAUGAGGAUGUUGUUACUAUUUUAAAGAAGUAA